UGCAAGGUUGUCUGAUUGGUUUUCGAGGGCUAGAAGGUAUAUGACGAUGCCCCAAUGGCUAAAUGCUGAACAGUGGGAGAAACUUAAGGCAUAUUGGCAAACUCCUGAGUUUAUCGCCAAGUCUGAGCAGGCAAAGGCUGCCCGUGCAUCCCAGAAAGGUGGCUCUUUGCACACUGCGGGUGCAAGAAGUCAGGGGCACGUGGCUAGGACAAUGAAAAAAGCUACGGGACAGAUGCCAACUCAGGAUCAGCUAUUCCUAAAGACCCACACAAAAAAGAAGAAGCAGGAGUCGGAUCCGACCUUAUGGGUUGAGGACAAGGCUCGUAAUUCCUAUGUAAGUGAUAAUUUUAUUAUUUAAGUAAUUAUAUAUAAGUUUAAUUAUGAUAUAUUCGUUAUAUACUAAGUUUCAUUUUUUAAUAUACAGACGCAAUAUAUGGAUCAUGUGGACCAGUACAGCCAAACUCAACUUGAGCAUCCGAGCCGUCCUCCACCGGAAUUAGAGAUAGAUUUUUGGUGUAGAGUAGUUGGGGGAGUACAAAAGGGUAGAGCGUACGGUCUAGGCCCAAGAAACAACUUAAGUCGCCUUCGGUCAGGAUUGCGAGGUGAAGGGUCUUCUCGACAAGCCGAGGGAGUUGAUGGUGUUCAGGUCGCAGCUAUGGCGCAGCAAAUUGCUGAACUUAAUAGGAAAUUAGCUGAGACUGAGGCAAAAAGAGUUGAGGAAUGUAACACCAUGAAAGCGAACAUUGAAUUGCU